CAGGCGGAUCAGUUCCCACGACCGAGGACUGCGUCCACGUGACACCGAGUUCAAAGGCAGGCCAGGUCUCGCCGAUCGCCAGGGCGCUCUUGCCUCGAUCCAGCCGCGAUCAUGGCGACGCUCAAGCAGCCCAGCGCCAAGGACGGCAAGGCUGCCGACGAUGACUACAUCAACAUCAUGGACGAGGACGACAACGGCGCAAGUCUCAAGGCGGCCGACGGCAGCGGAUAUGCCUGGCAAGAGGCAUACAAGCGCAGCUGGGAUGUGCUGAAGGAGGACGAAAGCGGAUCGCUUCUGAGCGCCCUCGCCAACGUACAGCAAGCCAAGCGGAGAAAGCGCCAGAGGGACACAUCCACCGUCCAGCGCGGCAUCAUCCGCAACAUGUACCUGGUGCUGGACAUGAGCAAGUCGAUGAGCGAGACCGAUCUGCAUCCCACGCGGUGGGAGUGCGCCUGGACGCAUGUGUCGCAGUUCAUUCUGGAAUAUUUCGACCAGAAUCCGCUCAGUCUGAUGGGCAUUAUCGUAACGAGGGAUGGUGUUGCAGAGAAGCUCACGGAACUCGAAGGAAACCCAAAGCACCAUCUCGAUGCCCUGCGAAAGAAGGAGAACCGAGAACUGCGUGGAGAGCCGUCUCUCCAAAACGCCCUCGAGCUGGCGCGCGAGUCUCUGAGAAAUGUGCCCUCGCAUGGAACCCGAGAGGCCCUGGUUAUUUUCGGAAGCCUGACAACGUGCGACCCCGGAAACAUCUUUGAUACCCUGUCGUCACUCAAGAGCAACUGUAUCCGUGUCUCGGUAGUGGGGCUAGCAGCCGAGGUGGAUGUCUGUCGCAAGCUGUCCAAGGACACCAGAGGAACAUAUGGCGUUGCCAUGAGCGAUAGCCACUUCAAGGACCUGCUGUUCGAGAGUCUGCCUCCUCCGCCCAUCGCCGACAACGCCGACUCGUCGGAUCUGAUUCAAAUGGGAUUUCCGAUGAGCACGGAUCUCAAGGUUGGCAGUUUCUGUUCGUGCCAUCAACGAAUCAUCAGCCACGGAUACCUGUGUCCCCGAUGCAAGAGCAUGAUUUGUGAACUGCCGAUCGGGUGCCCUGUCUGCAAGCUGACACUGGUGUCCAGCCCUCUGCUUGCGCGUUCAUAUCAUCACCUCUUCCCAGUCGACAACUUUAUCGAUCUGCCGUGGUCCAAGAUCGACCCGUCGGACCAGCUGCCGGCCAGCAACCAGUGUUUUGCCUGCCAGAUUCCGUUUCCAGCCCGCCCGCCCGCUCUGCGCUCGCGGACACCCAAUGCGCCUUCCGGCGGGCCGGCUGCUAUCCCGGCUCUGACCGCGAGCGAGCACAGUGGUCGCAACGAAUGUCCAAAGUGCCGGAAGCGCUUCUGCAACGAGUGCGACAGCUUUGUCCAUGACGUCCUGCACAACUGCCCGGGCUGUCUGUCCAUGGCGGCAACCAAGCCAUGAGCGUGUGUGUGUGCGCGUCGCAGCGAAAUAGAUUUCAUUCGCGCAUAUGAA